AUGGCAGCGAAAUCCGAUGGCUUGGGGGUCGUUACCGGGUUCUCGCAGCUGGUCGAGCGGGAUGAGGCGGCGGGCGCGGCGGACGAGGACGAACUGGACAGCGCGGCUAUCCACAUCUGCCACUGCUGCAAGACGUCCUCGUGCUACUGGGGCUGCCGGAGCUCGUGCCUCCGCUCGCUGAAGGGGAAGCGGAUCCGGAGGGGAGCUGGGGAACGCUUAUGGCUGGACUGUUUAUGGAUCGUUCUGGCCAUGCUCGUGUUUUUCUGGGACGUGGGCACGGACGUGUGGCUGGCCGUGGACUACUACGCCAAGCGGGACUACGCGUGGUUCGGGCUCACGCUGUUCUUCGUGCUCGCACCGUCCGUGCUGGUGCAGAUCCUGAGCUUCAGGUGGUUCGUGCAGGACUACACGGGCGGAGGCCUGGGGCCGGUGCCGGUGCAGGGGCUCAGCCGGAGAGCCACCGCCGGACUGAGCGCCAGCAGAUACGGCAGGGAUGCGUGCUGCCACAUCUCCAUCUGGAGCUGGCAAGUCCUGCUGCACCUGCUGCAGUUGGGCCAAGUGUGGAGGUACAUUCGCACUAUGUACUUGGGCAUCCAGAGUCGGCGUCAAACCAAGCACAGAAGGCGAUUCUACUGGGCCAUGAUGUACGAGUACGCUGACGUCAACAUGCUUCGGUUGCUGGAGACCUUCCUGGAGAGUGCUCCCCAACUGGUGCUACAACUCUGCAUUAUGAUCCAGAAGAACCGUGCAGAGACCUUGCAGUGCGUCUCCUUGUUGGCUUCACUGCUGUCUCUGUCCUGGGUGUUAGCCUCAUACCAUAAGCUUCUGCGGGACUCCAGAGAUGACAAAAAGAGCAUGAGUUACCGAGGUGCACUGAUCCACAUCAUCUGGAGGCUUUUUACUAUUUCUUCCCGGGUGCUCUCUUUUGCUCUUUUUGCUUCCAUAUUCCACAUAUACUUUGGCAUUUUUGUAGUUAUGCACUGGUGUGCCAUGGCCUUCUGGAUCAUACAUGGAGGCACUGACUUCUGCAUGUCCAAGUGGGAGGAGGUGCUUUUCAACAUGGUAGUGGGAAUUGUCUACAUAUUCUGCUGGUUUAACGUGAAGGAAGGCCGGACCCGCUACCGGAUGAUGAUCUACUACUUCGUGGUGCUGGCCGAGAACACGGUGCUUACCUGCCUCUGGUAUACCUACAGAGACCCAGCCACAACGGAUUCCUAUGCUGUGCCAGUCCUAUGUGGCGUCUACCUAAGUUUUGCCUCAGGUGUCGUCUUUAUGGGCAUUUACUAUGGAGUUCUUCACCCCAUGGGUCCUAGAAUAAGGGUGCUAGCCAGCUCCUGCUGUGCCGAUCUUCUCUGGGGCCUCCCUUUACCUGCCGAGGCUGAGCCCAUGACGCCGACCCCUGUUCCUCGAGCCACGCAGACAACCCCUAGCCGGGCAUCUACGUUGGGUUAUCAGCAACAGGAUGACUCUGUGGAAGAAGAAACAUGCCUACCCGUUUUCCAGGUGCGCUCCCCUGAGCCAACCCCACCAGGCCGCCAUCGUUUAGAGGGGCCGCUUAUCAAAAUCGACAUGCCCCGGAAGCGUUACCCAGCUUGGGACGCCCACUUUGUGGACCGCCGCCUGAGGAGAACUAUAAACAUCUUGCAGUUCAUCAGUCCCUCGGCUGUAGGGAUCAGGUAUAGGGACGGGCCACUGCUGUACGAGCUCCUACAGUACGAGUCUUCUCUGUGACCCCGGCCUCUGCUUCUCUACACCUAGGUCUCUUCUGUCUCAUGUUUUAUUUUUUAUUUUGCAUUUUAUUUAUUUAAAAAUGUCUAGAUUUUCUUUGAUGA